AGAAAAGAAACACCCACACUUAAAAUGGUGGAGAAUUUUGCCUACUAGUUUUCUUGCUAAAAAUAGCGUUUAUGUAACUACCCACCCUCAACACUCCCAUUCUAGGGAAACUUUAACUCCUAAUGUAAGUACUAGGUUCUGAUCUAGAAGUCCUGGUACUCUGAAAAUUGGAUAUUGGACUGCCAAAGUCCAAUAUUGGAUCUGGUUCUUUCUCUUCUUAGGCCUCUGAACCUGCAUUGUUUUGCCUACAGUGUAUGGAUGCACGCUGUCAUGGAUAAUACAGCAGUGCCAUGGUUGGCAGGACCCAUUAUGGCUUUUGCCUACAAAACCUAGUGGCUGAAGUCUCUUCACUACUUGCAUUAUGGUAGGCCUCAGACAUACAUUAGAGGCUAAAACACAGAAGCAGCAGCAUAGCUGUUGAGAAUCAUUUUCUUUCCUUCUAAGGGGGUGCGAUAAAAUAUAUGGGAUUGACUACUUCGUCUCACAAACCUAGACUGGCUCACUUCUUAAAUGAAGUAGAGAGACCUUUGUUGUUCUUAUAAAAAUGGUAAAGGAAACAAAGACGUACCGUACAAAAAUGGAGGCUUUUGAAAGUCAUGCACAUAAAUCCACUUUUAAAUAAAAAUUAAGGCCAGCUGUAAUAAAGCAUUUUGGAACUAAUGACCUUGUUUCCUGCAUCCCAAUCCAGAGUAAUGGGUAAGAAUCUAGAAUCCCAAACCAAUAUUUGAGAUUCCAAUCUCUAAAUAUCUAGCACAUCUAGAGUAUGGUCAUCUCCUGAUAGCAUCCAGGGUAGCCAGGCUGUUGAACUGGGCAUAGAGGGCAUAGAGAUAGCCAGUAGGAAAUUUUGAAUGUAUGUGUAGUAGCAAUCUUGAUUCUGUUAAAACUUGGUCACUGCGCAGGAGAAAAUCUAGAUAGUUCAGGUUAGUGGAAGGCUAAAAUGAGAACCAUGGCUUCAUAGUCUGUCAUUUGACACCCCACAAAACUGAGUAUUGUUUCACAUCCUGGGUUCUAGCUUCAGGCAUUCCUACGUAUUCUGCAUGUAUCAGUUACUGUAUAAUACGCAAAAACAGGCCUGGGAGUUGUACUUUAAACCCAGAAGUCCGCCAUCAUAGGUAAGUGUCAUAUUACUUAUGUUAGAGCUAAGUUUUCAGACCCCAAAUGAAUUCCAAAUUAUUUGCUGCAUAAAAGGCACUGGGUGGUGUGGAAAGUACUCCUGUUUCACUUAGUUUGUUGCCUGGUAUUUUGGGUACCCUAUCAACGUGAAGGUGGUUAGGGUUUGAAUCCCUCUUCCGAGGGGAGAUUGAAGUGUGCGUGUUCUUAAAAUUACACUUUGAUAUAAAAGUGGGAAGUGGCAUCAUUACCAUUUUUAAUUGCAGUAGCCAUUACUGAAUUCUGUGGAGAUGACAGCCCUGUCAGUGCAGGCUUGGCAUGCUCAGAGUGCUCCGACUAGACUGGGUUCCUCGGGGGAUUUAGCAGAGGCCCCCCGUUUCUAGCAUAGCAGUUGUGCUAGGUGGGAGCUAAGUUCUGAGCUGUUGAGGCUGGGCCAGUUCUGGACAGGUGGUAGACAGACCUCUAUGUUAGUUGGGCUAUUCUUUCCAGAUUAUUUCAGCUCACCAGAGAAGAGUUGGAGUAGAGUGUAGGAGUAGCAAAACUGAUGCAUUGCUAUGUCAAAAUAUAUUAAUUGUUGAGUAACUGCAUACCCUACACUGGCUCCUCCCUGUGUUCAUUUGAUGCUUAGUCUGAAAAUAAAUUCUGCGGGAUACUAAGUGAAGUCAGUUGCCCUUAAGAAGCAUAUCGCAUUCCAUUAAUUUCCCAGUGGUGUGUAAUGCUUUAUUUUGUCAGAUUUUAGUGCAACAGCAUGGCUUGCCCGAUACAAUCAGAUGAGCUUGUCUUUUUUGUGAAUGGCAGGAAGGUAACAGAGAGGCAGGCAGAUCCUGAAGAAUUGCUGCUGUUUUAUCUAAGAAAGAGGCUCCGUCUAUCAGGGACAAAAUAUGGCUGUGGAGUAGGAGGUUGUGGUGCCUGCACUGUCAUGAUAUCCACAUAUGACCCAGUUGCCAAGAAGAUACGACAUCAUCCUGCCAACUCCUGCCUGCUCCCCAUCUGCUCACUGCAUGGUGCUGCUGUAACCACGGUGGAAGGGGUUGGAAGCACAAAAACCAGGAUUCAUCCAAUUCAGGAAAGGCUGGCCAAAUGCCAUGGCUCCCAAUGUGGCUUCUGCACCCCCGGAAUGGUGAUGUCCAUUUAUGCUUUACUGAGAAGCCAUGUGGAACCUUCCAUGGAGCAAAUAAUUUCUGCUCUGGAUGGUAAUUUGUGCCGUUGCACAGGAUACAGGCCAAUUAUAGAUAGCUACACAUCUUUUGCUGGGGAGCCAAAGUGUUGCCAGCUCAGAGGAACUGGACAGUGUUGCUUGGAUCAGGAAGAACAUGUGUGUUCAUCUUCUACAGGGGGUCAGAUGCUUUCAGGUCUUUGCAAUCCAGAGGAAUUCCAGCCCAUGGAUCCAACGCAAGAAUUUAUAUUUCCUCCUGAACUAAUGAGAAUGGCUCAAGAGCAGCAAAGAACAACUCUGAUCUUCCAUGGCAAGAGAACAACAUGGAUUUCUCCUCCUGGCCUGAAGGAGCUUCUGGAGCUGAAAGCCAAGUAUCCAAAGGCACCUUUGGUUCUGGGGAACACCAGUGUGGGACUCAAUAAAAAUGUCAGUGUUGUCUAUCAUCCACUCAUUCUCCAUCCUGUUAGGAUUCCAGAAAUGCAUAUUGUGAGUAGCACAAAUGAUGGGUUAGUAAUAGGAGCUGCCUGCUGCCUGGCCCAGCUUAGAGACAUCUUGAUGGAGACAAUCACGAAAGUACCAGAGGAGAAAACAAAGAUUUUCCAAGCUCUUUUGCAGCAGCUGAGAACUCUAGCUGGAGAACAGAUCAGGAGCAUGGCUUCUUUAGGAGGACACAUUGUAAGCAGGGGAUCAACUUGGGACUUGAACCCAAUCUUAUCAGUUGGCAAAUCUGUCCUCAACCUGGCAUCAGAAGAUGGCAAACGACAGAUUCUUUUAAAUGAUCAGUUUCUUGCUGGCUGCGAGCAUGCAGACAUUAAGCCGAAGGAAGUCAUAGUCUCUGUUCUUAUCCCAUAUUCUAAAAAGGAUGACUUUAUUUCGGCCUUUAGACAGGCUGAACGUCGGAAAAAUGCUCUAUCCAUAGUGAAUUCUGGAAUGCGUGUCCUCUUCAGUCCAGGCACAGACACCAUUGUAGAUCUGAGUGUUUUAUAUGGAGGCAUUGGCUCAACUGUAGUCAGCGCAAGAAAGUCCAGCAGGAAGCUUAUAGGAAGGCAAUGGAAUGAUCAGUUGCUCUGCGAAGCUUGCAAACUAGUGCUUGAGGAAAUUUCUCCCUCUACAUCGGCUCUGGGUGGGAAAGUUGAAUACAGAAGGACUCUGCUUGUCAGCUUCCUUUUCAGAUUUUACCUGGAAGUGUUAAAUGGUUUACAUCAAAUGUAUCCCUUCAGGUACGCUGAGCUCUCAGAGGAGCAGAAGAGUGCCUUGGGAGUGAUACAAAGUGGUAUUCCUCAGGGGGUCCAAGUCUAUCAGGAUGUUGAUCCCGGACAGUCUCCAGAAGAUCCUGUGGGACGUCCCAUCAUGCACCAGUCUGGUAUUAAGCACGCCACUGGUGAAGCACUUUACAUUGAUGACAUUCGUCCAGUUGAUGGAGAACUUUCACUGGCUGUGGUCACCAGUAUUAAAGCCCAUGCAAAGAUUAUAUCAAUUGAUGCAUCAGAGGCCCUUCAGGUGGCAGGAGUGGUUGAUGUGGUGACAGCAAGAGAUGUUCCAGGAGAAAAUGGCAAUGAUGAGCAAGCAUUUGCAGAAGACAAGGUGAUUUGUGCUGGUCAGAUAAUCUGUGCUGUGGUUGCAGAGUCAGUGACUCAGGCAAAGCAAGGCGCUGAAAAGGUGAAGAUAGUGUAUGAAGAUCUGGAGCCAAUUCUGACCAUUGAGGAUGCAAUAAAACAUAAUUCAUACAUUACUGAAGAAAGAAAAAUAGAAAAAGGAGAUAUUGAAAAAGGAUUUAAGUCUGCUGAUGAAAUCACAGAAGGUGAAUUGCAUAUCGGAGGACAGGAGCAUUUUUAUCUGGAGACGAACAGUGUGCUUGUUAUUCCAAGGGUGGAGGAUAAAGAAAUGGAUGUAUAUGUGUCAGCUCAGCAUGUAACAGAUGUACAGGAAUUAGUGGCUUCAGCUUUAAGCCUCCAGUCCAAUAAGAUUAUGUGCCACGUGAAACGUGUUGGUGGAGCCUUUGGGGGGAAGAUUACCAAACCUUCUUUCUUUGCUGUAAUUGCAGCAGUGGCAGCCAACAAGACUGGGCGUCCAGUUCGUUUUGUCCUUGAAAGAAAUAUGGAUAUGUUAAUCACUGGUGGACGGCACCCUUUCUUUGGAAAAUAUAAAGUUGGAUUCAUGAAUGAUGGUAGAAUCAUAGCAGCAGAUUUUCAGUGUUAUAUAAAUGGUGGCUGUACAAAAGAUGAAUCUGAGUUGGUGAUUGAGUAUAUUGUGUUGAAAGUGGACAACGCAUAUAACAUCCCCAAUCUUCGAGUCAGGGGCCAUGCCUGCAAAACUAAUUUGCCUUCUAACACUGCUUUCCGAGGAUUUGGGUUUCCUCAGGCAGGUCUGUUUGAGGAGACCUGUAUUGUGGCUGUGGCAACCCAGACUGGCCUACCACAUGAGAAGGUUAGGGAACUAAACAUGUACAGAGGAAUUAACCUAACUGCCUUCAAUGAAGAGUUUGAUGCAAAGAAUCUGUGGAAAUGUUGGGAAGAAUGUUUGGACAAGUCUGAAUAUUAUGGCAGGAAAGCAAUGGUGGAAGAAUUUAACAAGAGAAGUUAUUGGAAAAAGAAAGGGAUUUCCAUCAUUCCCAUGAAGUUUUCUGUUGGGUUUAAUGCAUCCUAUUUCCAUCAGGCUGGAGCUCUCGUCCAUAUUUAUAUAGAUGGAUCUGUACUAGUGACUCAUGGUGGAAUUGAACUGGGACAAGGAAUUCACACCAAGAUGUUACAGAUUGCCAGUCGUGAACUGAAGAUACCGUUGUCAUAUAUACACUUCUGUGAAACAAGCACAACAACCGUACCUAAUGGCAAAUACACAGCAGGUUCAGUUGGAACGGAAAUCAAUGCAAGAGCAGUCCAGGAUGCCUGUCAAAUCCUUUGGAAGCGCCUAGACCCUAUCCGAAGUAAAAAUCCUAAUGGCAAAUGGGAAGACUGGAUCAGUGAAGCUCACAAGCAAAGCAUCAGUCUUUCAGCUACUGGCUAUUUCAAGGGUUAUGUUACAGACAUGAACUGGGACACAAAGAAAGGCCAUGCUUUCCCAUAUUUUCUGUUUGGAGCUGCUUGUUCUGAAGUAGAAAUUGAUUGUCUGACAGGAGACCACAAGAACAUCAGAACAGACAUUGUCAUGGAUGCCUGUUUUAGUAUAAAUCCGGCUAUAGAUAUAGGACAGAUUGAAGGGGCCUUCAUUCAGGGAGUUGGGCUUUAUACAUUAGAAGAAAUCUACUUUUCCCCAGAAGGAGAGCAACUCACUCUUGGCCCAAAUACGUAUAAGAUCCCUGCAAUCUGUGACAUUCCUGAGCAGUUCCAUGUGUAUUUACUGCCAAAUUCACGCAACUCAAUUGCCAUCUAUUCCUCCAAGGGUAUGGGUGAGGCCGGAUUCUUCUUGGGCAGCUCAGUUUUCUUCGCCAUAAGAGAUGCAGUAGCUGCUGCACGGGAGGAAAGAGGAUUGCCCCUGGACUUCACACUGAACAGCCCGUUGACUGUUGAGCGGAUUCGCAUGGCCUGUGCUGAUGACUUUACUGAGAUGAUUCCAAAAGAUAAACCUGGAACCUAUAAGCCAUGGGCCAUCAACAUACACUAAUGCUGUUUUCCUAAGUAUGAAAUAACCAGGUAAUUCCUUCAGUCACCUACUGACUGAUAGCAUUGCAGCAAUAAAGAAGCUGAACUAUAAUACUUAAACACAUACACAUACCCACAUAUCCAUAUUUCUAGUACCCACUGUACUGUCACAUCAAGUAAGAGAUUUUUCAUUUUGAAACGUAACUUUCUCUCUAAAUCAAAUCUUGCUCCAUGCUACACUAGAGUUCAUGGUGUUACCCCGUGAACUUCAAAGAAGUUGCAUGGGAUUUUGAAUAAUACCUGCAAUAAAGAGCAGAUCACAAAUGUUACCAUUUUGCCACUUCUUCACCCAGUUUAAGAUUCACAGCUGUUGUUAUCCACUCUUUCUGUUCUCUUAGUACAUGAAAAUUUCAAAGAUCAGAAUUAGACAUUGUAUGAAUUAGUAAUGGACAAUAUGUCAGUCUUACAGUAGAGCAGAGAUUCUGAAAGUACAUACUGCCAAAUGUUUUUUAGACAGAUGUAUUACUACCAUGGUAACCACAGUAAUAGUAGUAAUUAUUUUUGCUUUCUGGCAGGCUAUCACAGGCUGGCUGCAUGCCACUAUACCUCUCUAUACCACUACCAGCUUUGACCUCUCCUCAGAGCUGAAAUAAAAUCACUGCUAUUCACUGCAUCACCAGGCCCCACUCCUCCUCUCCUUUGCCUUACCAACAGUUUUGCUCCUCCUUCCGCAGAAAAUGGUGAAGUGGAACAGAGCUGUCACAGUCAUCUGUGGGUUCUGAGAGAGGAUAAGGUGAGAGAGGUUUUUUGUGAGGUAAGAAGCUAUAUACCACAAAGAGUUAAAGAGUAGGAUGGAGUCCCACCACUGCCUUUGAAUGAAGCUCACAAUAGAAGUGAGAUUUUCUGGGAUGCAGUGAGUUAGUGAGUAAAGAUGUAGGGUGAGAGACCACCACAUUUCUAAAACCUCACUGACUUCAUGUCUAAAAUAUUCAUUUUUAAGUGGUGUUGCCUGUUGUUAAUAUAAGCAGGCACACGUAGCAGAUGUGCAGCAGGUGACUUGGACAGAAAGGCUAGAGGGGAGCAGGGCUAAGAAGGAGCAACACCAGUAGAACAGUUUGUCAUUAAUAACAGGUGUAUCAGUUCACUGUUUAACUCAGCUGUGCCAAACAAUGCUACUGCCACUCUGACGGACAUAAUUUUGGAAAGGAUGUUUAAAAGCGAUGCAGUGGCAGCUGUGUGAAUCUUGAUGGAGUGUUCCCCCAUGAGGAGAGGAGAUGGAAAAGAAAGUGCAAAGGAUUUUGAGGGAAAGUGAAAGAAAUGGCUGCCAGCCAGCAUACACGUAUGUACAAAUGAAUAUUCAGUUUUCACAUUUGACAGUUCAAAGCAAUAACAGAAAUUGUAAGAACACAUUUAGCAGUAUCACCGUGUACCCAAAACACUACCAUAAGAAGUAACUCUGCAGAUACUCAACAGAUACUGCAUUUGUUCAGAUACUGCUCUCAGUUAUGUAGAUGUAAAUCUAGACUAUUUUCGUUUAUUUUAAAGGAGAGACACAUAAAUGUAAAUCUAGAUUUAUUUCAUUUAUUUUAAUGGAGAGACUGCAGACUUUGAAUAGCAUGGUGUGGAAGACAGUGUGACCCACACAUACCAUCAGAUAAAUCAUAUUUAGUCUACAUCUGGAGAGGUGAAACAGGAUUUUUUAUAAAUAAACUCAGACUGCAAGUAAUGAGGAACUUGCUAGGUUAGGUUGGUAAAGUUUUGCUGUUUGUCUCUCUCGGUAAAUUGUGAGAGACUGCAGCAAAUGAGAAGAGCUCAACUGGCAAUAUACUUUGCAAUUUCGUAGUCUCAAAAUGUAACUGUGAUUUAGACAAAUGCUCUCAUUUUAGAAUGAGUACCAAACCAUUCAGUGCCUUGGAUUUAAAAUGAAUUAAUAUCUACUGCAAAUGAAUGAAAGGAUGAAAAUCCUACUUCUGAAUGUGAUCUCCACUAGGGUAUUUUUUAAUGUGGUAUUUGGGGGAUUUCAUUGGGCUGUUAUUUGGAAUUUGCUUAAAUACGUCUUCAAUAAAAGCAAACUUGUAAGGCUAGAAGGAA